AUGUCCACCUCACCAUUCACUGAGAUGACCAAGCCAAGCGCGACUGUUGAGCUUCAUGCCCUAUCAGCCGGCCACUUUACGCUUCCUGAAUAUCAAUUUAUCAGUCCAUGUGAAGAUGGUGCCCGGAAAAUGGUUCCCUCGCUAUGCUUCCUCAUACAGCAUCAAUCUAUGGUCACGAACAAGACGACACGAAUGGUUUUCGAUCUUGGGCUACGGAGGGAUGUCAAUCGAUACGCUGAGCCGAUCCAAAAGCAUACCAAAACGCGACAGCCUAUGACUACCGAGCCAGAUGUAGUAAAGAGUUUGAAAAGAGGAGGGCUUACACCAGAUGACAUUGAUUAUGUCAUGUACUCUCAUGUUCAUUGGGAUCAUAUUGGAGAACCUCGCGACUUUCCAAAAAGCACAUUCAUUGUUGGAAAUGGGUCAUUGGACCUUCUCGAAGGCACUUCAUUGGCGCUGCGAGGUGGGCACUCCUUCUUUGAGAGUGAUCUCCUUGACCCGGCUCGGACCAUUCAACUAUCGGAUCCAAAGCAGAAAAAUGUUGACAAGACUGAGCAGUUCAAGUCAAAAGGCAUGAUAGAUGGAUCCUGGAAGCCGUUUGGCCAUUUAAAGAGCACAGUGGACCUAUUUCAAGACGGAAGCCUGUACAUUGUCGACGCACCUGGCCAUCUUCCAGGCCACAUCAAUCUUCUCGCCCGCACAAGGGAGCAGGACGGUCGUGAGAAUUGGGUAUAUCUGGCAGGAGAUGCGUGCCAUGAUCGCAGAAUUCUUCGUAAUGAAAAGGAAAUUGGAGAAUGGCUAGACGCGCAUGGGUAUACCUGCUGCAUUCACGCGGAUCGGAAGGCGGCGGAAGCAACAAUUGAGAGCAUUCGCAUACUGGAGGAGCUGGGUGUUGAAGUUAUUUUGGCACAUGAUGUAGAGUGGGAAAAUAACGAGAGGAAUUCGAGCCGGUUCUUUGGUGCUUCUUGA